AUGCCGCCAAAUUCAACACAAGAGAAAUGCAUAGAACCAUCAGAAGCCACCAUGGAAAAGUUGGUACCUCCACAGGCUGCGCCGAGGGAAUACAAAAUUGUUUAUAGAAACAUAAUAACAUUUGGCUACGGUCAUCUUGCUGCUAUGUAUGGACUAUAUCUCGCCGUUACUGCAGCUUGUUGGAGCACUAUAUUUUUUAAUUAUAUUCUAUUCGUAUUAGCUGCUAUUGGGGUUACAGCUGGAGCCCAUAGACUAUGGACACACAGGGCAUAUAAAGCUAAGAUGCCAUUACAGAUUAUCCUAAUGGUUAUGAAUACCUUGGCUUUCCAGAAUACAGCUAUCGAUUGGGUUCGAGAUCAUCGGAUGCACCACAGGUAUAGUGACACAGAUGCAGAUCCUCAUAACGCAACCCGCGGUUUCUUCUAUUCUCACGUAGGCUGGCUCCUUGUUAGGAAACAUGAAGAAGUGAAGAAGCGAGGCCAGUUUAUAGACAUGAGCGAUAUCUAUGCGAAUCCUGUACUACGGUUUCAGAAGAAAUACGCCCUUCCCUUCAUUGGAUCCGUAUGCUACCUCCUCCCUACAAUCAUACCGAUGUACUUCUGGGGAGAAACCCUUAACGUUGCAUGGCACAUGUGCCUCUUCAGAUACGUCAUGAAUCUCCACAUAACAUUCCUCGUGAACAGUGCCGCUCAUCUUUGGGGGUACAAACCUUAUGACGAACACAUUCAGCCAGUUCAGAAUGAAGCUGUCAGUUUCAUUGCUUUCGGUGAAGGCUUUCACAAUUAUCAUCACGUCUACCCCUGGGAUUACAGGACUGCUGAGUUAGGUAAUAAUAAGUUGAAUGUUUCUACCUUAUUCAUCGACUUCUUCGCCAAGAUCGGGUGGGCAUAUGAUCUUAAGACAGUACCACAGAAUAUAAUUGACGCAAGAGCAGAGAGAACCGGCGAUGGAACAGAUUUGUGGGGCCGUAGGAAGGAUAAUUAA